AAAAAACAAUAUAUAAAGAUGCACCACUUUUGGUGUUAAAAUAUUGUAAUAUCAAACAUUGCAGAAAGCGUCUUGUGAGUAUCAACCGAUCCGUUGGAGAUCACCGAGAGAUCAAACAUGACAAAGCACGAAGACCUACCGAUUCCAGUUUACUCAUCAUUGGAACCAGUUUAUGGAGACGGUUCUCAGCUCGAGGAAGCUCAGCUUCGUUUCGAUAAUUUUAAGUCCAAGUUUCUCGACUUAUUUGGUCACCCUCCCGACGUAUUUGCUCGAUCUCCAGGGAGAGUGAACUUGAUCGGGGAGCACAUUGACUAUGAGGGGUACUCGGUGUUGCCAAUGGCGAUAAGGCAGGACACAAUCGUCGCAAUUCGUAAGCAUGAUGCAGGGGACGCUAAAAAGGUUCUGCGGAUCGCGAAUGUCAGCGAUAAGUACAAUAUGUGUAUCUACCCUGCCGAUUUUGAUCAGGAAAUCGACUUGAAGAACCACAUGUGGGGCCACUAUUUCAUCUGUGGGUACAAAGGUUAUUAUGAAUAUGCCAAAUCCAAAGGAGUGAAUGUUGGGGAGCCAGUUGGACUUGAUGUACUUGUUGAUGGAACAGUACCAACAGGUUCCGGUCUCUCAAGCUCCGCAGCUUUUGUUUGUUCUUCUACAAUUGCUAUAAUGGCUGCUGCUGAUGUGAACUUCCCAAAGAAAGACCUUGCCCAACUUACGUGUGAGUGCGAACGGCACAUUGGAACACAGUCUGGUGGAAUGGAUCAGGCAAUUUCUGUUAUGGCCAAGACUGGGUUUGCAGAGCUCAUUGACUUCAACCCUAUUCGUGCAACUGAUGUGCAACUCCCUGCUGGUGGAACUUUUGUAAUAGCCCAUUCCUUGGCAGAAUCGCAAAAGGCUGUUACUGCUGCUACAAAUUACAACAAUAGAGUUGUUGAAUGCCGACUAGCAGCUAUUGUUCUUGGGAUUGAGCUGGGAAUGGAACCACAGGAGGCAAUAUCAAAAGUCAAAACUCUUUCAGAUGUCGAGGGGCUGUGCAUAUCAUUUGCAAGCAAACAUGGUUCUUCUGAUCCUGUAAUUGCUGUCAAGGAAUUUCUGAAGGAGGAACCAUUUACGACUGAAGAUAUUGAGAAAAUCAUAGACUAUGAUUUGCCAUCAGUAUUUGGCAAUUCACCCACUUCUUUGGAUGUGCUAAAAGCAGCCAAGCACUUCAAAUUAUACCAGAGAGCAUCUCAUGUGUACUCCGAAGCCAAACGGGUACAUGCUUUCAAGGACGCUGUAUCAGCAAAUUUAAGUGAGGAGGACAAGCUAAAGAAAUUGGGGGAUCUAAUGAACGACAGUCAUUACAGCUGUAGUGUAUUAUAUGAGUGCAGCUGCCCAGAGUUGGAAGAACUAGUGAAAAUUUGCCGCAAUAAUGGUGCUCUGGGUGCACGUCUCACAGGAGCUGGAUGGGGUGGCUGUGCUGUGGCUUUGGUGAAAGAAGCUAUUGUUCCAAAGUUCAUCCUUAAUUUGAAGGAGCAAUUCUUCCAAGCAAGAAUCGACAAGGGAGUGAUCAAUAAGAGCGAUCUCGGCCUGUACGUUUUUGCUUCAAAGCCAUCCAGUGGUGCUGCCAUUUUCAAGUUCUAGUACAUGUCCAUAUUAUUUAUCUGCUGAAUAAAAGUUUCCCGGUCCUGCGUCAGAUUUGCUUACCUUUCUUUUAUGUCAAGAUACAAACGCAAAUUCUCUAUAUUUUUUUUUUCCCUUCUUCAAUAUAGUCGAAUUUUCUAGUCUAGCUGAAUAAGUUUUUGAUUUUGCGCA